AUCCUGUUUUCCUGACAGGUCAAGGAAGGACAUAGAUUCAGUUUGUCUUGAAACAAAACUGUCCAGGUUUGUGGAGAACCUCGAUGUAGACACUAAUGAGGUGGAGGAGAUCAGAGACUUAAUGAAGAAGGUGUUGAUUUAUGAAAAUGAAUUAGAUAGAUGGAUAGAUGGAUAGAUACUUUAUUAAUCAUUUGACACAAACUAUGUUCAAACUCCAUCCUCUAGCACUUAUUUUGUUCACCAGUUAAGCUGGAUGUUUAAAACAACCUCUCAGUGAAAUGUCAGCUCAGAUUUCAGUGAUUUAUUAACAUCAUGUUAAACAUGUCUGUGGAGCAGUAAGGAACAGACACAAUUAUGUGUGUGCGACCGCUGGAAGCGUCAUUUUAUUCUACCACUAACAUGACAGUAACUUCAGUGGUGAUGAACUUACUGGUCCUGGAACCUGAGUGCCACCUACUGUUACGAAAACGCACAGUUGUAUGGAAAACCUCAGCGCUUCCAGAGGCGUCACCUGCCAUCACUAAAAGGAAAUGACGUCAGAAAAUUAUCACCUGUCAGAGUCGUGGCAGCCAUCUUGUCCUGCAGCUUAAACAGGAAUCAGGCCUCAGCAGCUGCUCUCUUAUUGGUCCAUGAGCAGGCGGGCUCUCAAACCUGAUUGGACAACAGAUGUGUGAUGAAAUUCAACGGAAUCAAGGGUGGAUCCAAGUUAGAAAAACUCUUGUCUGACUGGUUUCAGAGACGAGGAAACGGUUGCAGCCAUGACACGGUUUUCAGAACUUCAUGAUGCUUCGUCUAAACCAUGGAUUCAGCUCGGUUCCUUCACAGCUUUAGUUUUCCUUCUUCUAACACCAAACUGUUCAGGUCUUUCGCAGGUGGUUGAUCCAUCUCAGCAGGUCCUGGCAACGGUUGGUGGUGACGUUCUUUUGUCGUGUCGACUGGAACCUGCCGUGGAUGCUUCAGCAAUGUCCAUAGAGUGGUCCAGAGAAGAUCUAGACCCUUCGUAUGUCUAUGUGUGGUGGGAUAAAGAGGAACUGGAAAGUUCCAAACAUCCUGCUUAUAAAGGAAGAACGUCAUUGUUAUUUAGUGAACUGAAGUUUGGAGACGUUUCACUGAAACUCUCCAAAGUGAAACUGUCUGAUAAAGGAAAAUACAGAUGCUUCAUUCCUGCACUGGGUCAAGGAGCUACUGUUGAACUGGUUGUUGGUGAUUUCUUUAUGUCCCAGUCCAGUUACAUCUCCAUCAUGGUUGGUUUGGCUGCUGCCAUCAUCCUGUUAAUUCUAGCAGUUGUUCUUUUUGUUCGUACAGGAAGACAAAAAAGGAAAAUGAAGACUUUGGAAAGGACAGUUAAACGAAAGAAGAAAGAAUAUGAUGAUAUCAAGAAUCAGCUCCAACAGGAGAAACAGAAAAAUGAGACCCUGAACAGUCGUCUGAUGAAGGUCCAGGGUGAGAAGGAGAAGCUGAUGGAGACCAAGGAAAGCUUGUUGGAUGAGAAGCUGAGGUUGAUGGAGACUGAGAGAAAACUGAAGACAGUGAUCCAGAACAUGAACAAGGAGCUGGAUGGAAUGAACUUUGGUACCAACUCUGAUCCUACUGGGAGUGAUGUGAAGAAUCAACUGGAAGAGUUAGAGAAGCUCCAGGAUGAGAAGCAGAAGUGGAUGGAGACUGUUGGAAACCUGAAGACAGAACUCCAGAACAUGAACCAGGAGCUGAAGCUGGCAGGACCCAUAACUGUAGAAGAAGUCAAUGAAGAGGGCUGCUUCAUCCGUCUGAAGAACAUUUCCUCUGAGGAGAUAAAACUGGGAGGCUGGGAGUUAAAACUACAGAUUAAUGACAGAGAAAAAGCCAUGUGCACAUUUAAGGAGUCAGUAAAACUUCAGGCUGGAGAGAUUCUUUCUAUAUGCCGCCCAGGCUUUUACACGACACGUCCUGAUGAUGUUAAUCUGGAGUGGUCAGAACUAAACAAGUGGAGGCCUGAAGACAAACUGCAGAUCAACAUCAUCAGCAACAAUGGAGAGACCUUCACACUGCUGUAAUGUGAAUGAAUGUGAAAAUGUUUUUUUCUUUCUGCAUUAAUCAAAGUGAGCCUUUGUUUUAUUUAAUAAAGAUCAAAUUGAACACUAUUUUUCUGCAUUUUUAUUUUCUUGUAUUUUCAAAAUCUUGUUUUCAAAUGUCCAUUUUGUAUUUUUAUCUCAUUAAAUUCAUGUUCAGUUCUGUGGGAAAACUUAUGAAGUUUGUUGUUUUAGUAAAGUUGUAAUGAACAGAAGAUAAAACAAGAAAAGACCAGAAAUAUGUACAACAUUUAAACAAUCAGAACAAAAUGUCUUCUACAGGUUAAAGUCAGUUUUUAGUUUUACCUCUUUUUGCUGUUCUUCAGAUUUCAUGUGUCGACUGUCUUCAGGUUUUCUUCAGUAAUCUUGUAUUUUAUUAAAUAAAUCUUUCACUGAACAGA